GUCCUCCAACUGUUCACACUUUAAAUAAUACAACAGCCAUAGAGGGAACAGACUUCAACAAAAAAUGCCUUUAUGAUAAAGGACAGCCAUCAGAGACCAAUGUGUACUGGGCACGACAGGGCAGUUCUUUCAGACAGGAAGGAGAUGUACUUAAUCUGACAAAAAUACAAAGCAGUAGUUCUGGUAACUAUACAUGCACAGCAGAAAAUCAGUACUCAUCGGGAAACAAAGGACAGAGCAAGCAGUCCAUGAUCAUCAAUGUCGAAUAUCCUCCAACUGUGUCCAAUUUGACAAAUAAAGACAUUAUAGAAGGAGAUGAUCUAUCUGUCACAUGUUUUAUCACCGAUGGAAAUCCUGCCCAAACCACUAUCUACUGGACCAAGACAGGUGACUCUGGAUUUAGACAAAAUGGUGUUGUACUACUGAUACAGAACAUACAGAGAGGCAGUGCUGAUACCUACACGUGUACAGCACAAAACAGUUACAGCAUUGGAGGCACGGGAUCAAGCAGUCAGUCCAUGAUUGUCAAUGUGCUCUAUCCUCCAACUGUGUCCAGUUUGACAAAUCAAGACAUUAUAGAAGGAGAUGACCUAUCUGUCACAUGUUCUGUCACCAAUGGAAAUCCUUCCCAAGCUACUGUCUACUGGACCAAGACAGAUGACUCUGGAUUUAGACAGAAUGGUGCUGAACUACGGAUACAGAGAAUACAGAGAGGCAGUGCUGGUACCUACACGUGUACAGCACAAAACAGUUAUAGCAUUGGAGGCAAGGGAUCAAACAGUCAGUCCAUGACUGUCAAUGUGUUGUAUCCCCCGAUUGUGUCCAGUUUGACAGAUAAAGAGAUUAUAGAAGGAGAUGACCUAUCUGUCACGUGUUCUGUCACCAAUGGAAAUCCUUCCAAAACCACUGUCUACUGGACCAAGACAGGUGACUCUGGAUUUAGACAGAAUGGUGCUGAACUACGGAUACAGGGAAUACAGAGAGGCAGUGCUGGUACCUACAUGUGUAUAGCACAAAACAGUUAUAGCAUUGGAGGCAUGGGAUCAAGCAGUCAGUCCAUGACUGUCAAUGUGUUGUAUCCCCCAACUGUGUCCAGUUUGACAGAUAAAGACAUUAUAGAAGGAGAUGACCUAUCUGUCACGUGUUCUGUCACCAAUGGAAAUCCUUCCCAAACCACUAUCUACUGGACUAAGACAGGUGACUCUGGAUUUAGACAGAAUGGUGCUGAACUACGGAUACAGAGAAUACAGAGAGGCAGUGCCGGUACCUACACCUGUACAGCACAAAACAGUUACAGCAUUGGAAGCACGGGAUCAAGCAGGCAGUCCAUGACUGUCAAUGUGCUCUAUCCCCCGACUGUGUUCAGUUUGACAAAUCAAGACAUCAUAGAAGGAGAUGACCUAUUUGUCACGUGUUCUGUCACCAAUGGAAAUCCUUCCCAAACCACUGUCUACUGGACCAAGACAGGUGACUCUGGAUUCAGACAGAAUGGUGCUGAACUACGGAUACAGAGAAUACAGAGAGGCAGUGCCGGUACCUACACCUGUACAGCACAAAACAGUUACAGCAUUGGAGGCACGGGAUCAAGCAGGCAGUCCAUGACUGUCAAUGUGCUCUAUCCCCCUAGAGUACUAGAAGGGCCAACAUUUUAUGCAAAUGAGAGUCAGGAGAUUACAUUAUUUCGGAACAUUUCCAGUAACCCAGCUUCAGAUGUAUCCUGGUUCAAAGGAUCUGAAAGAGUUCAUAAACAAGAGUCAGUGACUACUGCCAAAUAUACUAUAAAUAAGACCAGAUGUACAGAUACUUGGAAUUACACACUUAAAGCCAGCAAUAAAAUCAACAACAGUGUCUCUGCACAAGUGCAAUUACUUGUUUAUUGUAAACCGCAAAUGGUAAGAAACAUUACACUUGGGAUAACAGAUGAAAUUGGAAUUGAAUUUUCAGUCAAUGUCACAGCAUAUCCAAAACCAAGCUAUCAACUAACACGUAUAAACAAAACUGUAGUCAGUGAAAUGACUAGCAAUUUUUUUGUGAAUGCUGUGAAUAAUUUCACUAUCAGAUACAACCAGACAUCAGUUACAAAGAGUGAUUAUGGAGUAUACAUUUUGAAAAUAAAAAAUACCGUUGGAGAAGCUGAUAUAUAUAUUGAUGUCAUUCCUAAAAACAAGUAG